AUGAAACACUCUGCACUAACAUGGAUACAGAUGAAAAGUACAGCAGAUGAGAGAAGAAAGGAGAGACAUGAAGUUGAAGCACUAUGUUCCACAAGGAAUCCAACGUAAUAUCAAUAAUAUAAUAUAUACAAUACAACAUUUCUACAAAACCUUGUGUGUUGUGCUACUUCCGGCCACCUUUCAUAAUGCCUUCCUUUGUGUUCCUUUCACAUCUCCCAUGUUUUUCCACAACGCUGAAUCAUUUGUCUUCUCUGACGUUAAAUCUAUCCUCCUCCGCCUCCUAGUUGAUGUUUUAUGCAGACGAACGCCUUUACACACUACUGGGAUAUCUUAUCAGUACCACACGCUACAAUAUGAAUUUAAUGAGUAGAUGCACAACAUGGAGUUUCGCAUAAAAUUCACCUGAUUAAAGUUCCCAUCACAGCUGCUAGUAAUUCCGAAAAAGAACAAAGGUUGGGGUGAAGCUGACAAUCCUUACUCUGGACAGCUGUUUCAUCCUAGUUUGG